AUGAUACUACUGCGAGCAUCAAAGCGGCUUCAGUUGUUGGGCGAUUUCAGCGCUGCGUCCGUCAUCGAGGCCGAUCUUGACAUUGUCACUACUGCGCUGAACGACUGGGCUGCCACAUCGUUCUCGACUUCUGACAAUAACGCCGUUGAUCAAAUAUCCAAUAACGAUCCAGUCAAAAACUAUAUCGACAAGGGACCAGAUGUAGCAGCAUUGAAUGGUCAAAUGCUGGAUAAGCUAAGGGGGUUGGGUCUGGACGAGUGGCUCAUCGCCUUUGAAGGGUCUGAGAGACGAGACCAUAUGUAG